UUUAGAAAUCUUAGAAUCCUGGUUGUAAUCUUAGUCACAUCCUUCUAGAAUUUUUUGACAGUAUAAUAACCUCGAAAUCAUCCGUUUGUAAACAUUUGUGGUUCGCUUUUUGGGGCAAAAUUCUUCCAAGACAAUGGCUGGUGAGGUGAUAGUGGACGCUUUGCCUUAUAUUGACCAGGGUUAUGACGAGCCUGGGGUCCGGGAGGCGGCGUUUGCGAUGGUUGAGGAAGAGUGCCGCCGCUACCGCCCUACUAAAAACUACCUGGAGCAUCUACCACCCCUCAACGUGUCGUCCUUUGAAACUCCAAUGAUCCACAACGAGUUCGAGCGCUUGCAAAAUCGCCUGCCUAUGGACACCCUUUCCAUGAAACGAUACGAGCUUCCUCCACCCCCUAGUGGCAAACUGAACGAAGUUGGCGCGUGGCUCGAAUGUGUUGAUAAUUCACAAGCACAGCUCGAGCACCAGGCUGUGAGAAUAUUAAACUUGCAGCUGAUGUUGGAAUUUUGUUGUCCCGCUUGGCAAAGGUAUCUACAAACCUUGACAGAUUUGGAGAAGAUUGCCAGCAAGAAAUUGGCUGAUUUGAGGCAAGCUUUGCAAGAAGUGAACUGGCAAAGGAAGUCCCUCCAGACGAAAGGUGGCGAGCAGUUGAAGAAUCUCGAGGCGAAAUGGGUAGCGCUGGUUUCACAUAACUACGAAAUAGAACAGGCCUGUUCUAUGGCUGAGGAGUAUUUAGCGCAAUUGAAACAGAACCCGCUUUUGCAAAAGCAAAAUCAUCAAGACGCGGCAAAUUAAACCUAUAUUUUGUAAUUAUGUAUUUAAGGAACUUUUAAAUAAAUAACUACUAUACA